AUGUGUGAUCCCUUUGAUAUGACGGUGUUGAUGGAGUUGGUGCUGAGUGAGGGGUUUCGCACAAACCCCAAUGAUCCGGGGACUGAGAAGUUGGCCAUUUGGCCGAUCACAGACGCCUGGCUCCAAGACAAGUACAAGCCUUUGCCACCUCUCAAUCCAGCAGAUGAGGAAGAUGGUCCGCCGCCCUUUGGGGUCGCAUACAUCAAGGGCUGGCGCCGCAGCCUUGCAGCUUUGAUAUGCUGUGAAGGGGUGCGGAGUCUGGAUAUCCAGCUGGAUGAGCUGACCGACAACUUUAAGGCUUCUCUGAAAAUCAUCCACGCGACCGUGGGCGCAUAUGACUCGACCAAAGCUGCCGUUUUUGCUGCCCGAGGUGUGACCAUGGCCACCACGGGCACAAGAAAGGCGCCCAACGCCAUGAAUUUCCUCCGUCAGUUCGAAGUUCUGGGUAAAGCCGGUGAAGCUGAAUGGAACGACGCAGGCAAGGUGGCCCGCGCCUUCAAUGUAGGAAAGCUGGAAUCAGAAGCGAUAGUGGCCCUGCAGAGCAAAAUCCACCACGACAUUGUGGAUGAGUUGAAGUCGGCAACAAGGACCCGGGGCAUGAGAUCCUUUGUCACCCACGACCUUCUUUCAAAAGGCAUUUUCAAUACAUCGUUCACCUCCCAAGUUGCUGGUUUGGAGCAAUGGUCCGCUUAUUUGACAAACGGACAGAACAACGAACUUGCCAGCCUUUUUCUGGAGCGUCUCAAGGGGGAUUGGGAUAGACUUCCAGUUGGUGUGAAGAAAGCCUUUACGUGGAAGGAUGCCAGCGUGAUUCACGCAGCCUGUGGAGGCUAUUUGGGGAUCAUGGAAAGCUUUCAAAAGAACGUUCCCGCGGCUGAUUUCACAGCAGCUGAGCCUGAGAUCAAGAGCCAAUUCUCUCUUGGCGUUCUGGACCAUGAGAUACUGGCAUUCUUGGAGGGAUCUGUUCCACCGAUCCAGCUGAAGAACGUUCGAUUUGUGCGGACAUGGGUUGUGGUGAGAGACACUUAUUGA